AUACAUUAUUCUACGGCUUUACUCUAUAAUUUCUGUUUGUGGUUUGAAUAUAAAUCCCUAGAAUUUUCGUUUUUACAUAUUACAAUUAAUUCAUUUUUAUAAAUUAACAUAACAGACGACAUAAAAAAACAAUUAUGGUUUAUGGUUUUUAUUUUAAAAUUUUAAAUAGUACAUAACGAUCUUCGUCAUAAUUCGACAUAAUAUUGUUAUUGAUCAUAAAUCAUAGCCAUUCUAUUUCUGCAAUCUUCAUUAAAUUGUUUGAAUUGUUUUUAAUUUUAAAAUGUUUGUAAUUCACAACUAUUUUUUUCGGCUUUUAACUUUUUGCUCUUAGUGUAUACUAUUAAUAUUUAUUAUAGAGACUGUUUUUAAAAAUAAUUGUUAUAAUUUUAUACCAACUAUAGUUUUAUCACUAUGGACAUAUUAGCUCAUAGCGAAAGUUAUAUUUACAGCAUUGUGGGCAAAAGCUUUGAAUACUGGAAAAAUUUAUAUGACCAAGGUAUUAUUGAUCACCAUGCAAUUCAACUACGACUUAACCAUUUAAAAUAUGCCCUUAAUCACAAGUUUAUUACCAAUGAAGAAUAUGAUGCACACCAAUUGGAAAUAACUAGCCAGUAUGAUCCAUCUUAUACGGAUUAUAAACCAUGUUCAUUAAUGAAUUUUUGUAAAGCGUUAAAAACACAUUUUACAGAUAACAUUAAAAUAAAUAAACCAUUCAUAAUUGAUAAACAUUCUGAAGAACUAACUUAUCAGGUACAAAAAUGUAUUAUAAAUACAUCAGAAAAUAUCAACCAGCAAAAUGGAGAGUUAGUUAAAGUAUAUGAAUAUCAUCUCAAUGAAGAACCAGAAAAUAAUAAUAAUCUAACUGAAAUGCCAAAAAAAUCUAGAAAAAAACGUAAGAGAAAGAAAAAAUUCAAUAAUAAUGAUUGUAAAAGUAUAGACCAUACCAAUACUUCAAAAACUUUUGUAACAAACAAUUUUAAAGAUGAAUGUGAUGAGAAACUGGGUAAAUCUAUUGUUAAAUCAAAAAAUACAGUAAAAAUAUUUAUUCGUCAAAUGAAUAACAAAGACAAGAGCCAGAUAGACAGAAAGGAAUCAUUUGUUUCAAAUCAAAUAUGUGCAAGAUAUAUGUUCAGUAACAUUUUAAAGAAAUUUAAAAAGGAAAAAAUAAAAAUGCAAUGUUAAUUUUUUAAUAAAUAAUAAUUUUUUAUCAUUUUUAAGCACAGAAUUUUAUAGUACAUGUAAAAAUCAAUAUAUUAUAUUCAUGUUCUAUACUUCUAUCAUCGA